AAACACAGAAUGAAUAUCUGGAAUCUGGCAAUCAGAAUAAUUAUCUUAACACAAACUACAACUGGAAUUCUUGGAAAUUUCUCUGUUUUGCUGUACUAUCUAUUUGUUUGCUGUAGAGAAAUCACAUUAAAGCCCACAGAUUUGAUUCUCAUGCACCUAAUGGCAGCCAAUGCUUUGGUCAUUCUCUCUUCAGGAGUGCCCCAAACCAUGGCAAUUUGGGGAUUCAAGCAUUUCUUGAAUGAUUUUGGAUGUUUGUUCCUAUUGUACAUUCAAGGAUUUGCUCGAAAUGUGUCCAUUGGUGCCACCUGUCUUUUGAGUGUCUUCCAGGCAAUGACAAUCAGUUCCAGGAAGUCAUGUUUCAUGGAUCAUAAAGUCAAAGCUACAAAGUACAUUCCUGGCUCUCUUUCCCUACUCUGGGUCUUCCCCAUGUUGAUACGUUUCAUAAUGUUGGUGUACACAUUUAUCAAAAUGAAUGGCAAAAACAUGACAAGAAGUCGAGAUUUUGGAUAUUGCUCUACUUUAGGAAGGGAUGAAAUCAUAGACUCACUCUAUACAGCGUUGGUAUUGUGCCCUGAAUUCUUUUUGGCUGUGCUCAUUACCUGGUUCAGCGCCUUCAUGAUCGCCAUCCUGUACAAACACAAGCGGAAUGUUCAACACAUCCGUAGCUCUCAUGGUUCCAGUAGACCCUCCCCUGAGUCCAGAGCCACCCAGAACAUCCUGGGGCUGGUGUCCACCUUUCUGGCUUUCUAUACUCUCUCUACCGUCUUGCGAGGAUGCAUUGCCUUUCUGUAUAACAACAAUUGGUGGCUCGUGUACAUCUCUCGCUUCACUUCUCUUUGUUUUCCCUGUUUUGGACCCUUUGUUCUUAUAAGACAUCACUCAGUUUUGUCCAUAUUUAAUUUUGUAUGGUUAAGAAAAGUUUUCUUUUUCCUGAUUUAA